AUGGAGCCCCGACCCCCUUCCGAGUCGUCUAAUAAACGGCCGCGGUCUCCGACCGCCGACCAGUCGCAACAAUCCAAGAUCCAAAAGACUCAGGCGAACCACUUGCAGAUCAAUUAUCUUGCGCGCCAAUAUCCCGAUAACCUCCCUCUCGUCUCCGUCGAUGACAACAUGCCCGCCAUUGUCCAUCUACUCAGCGAGUAUGACGGCGUCUUGCACCGACACGAGAGUAUCGCGGGCAACCUCGGCGCAUGUCCGCUGGGCCCGAUCCUGAUCAAGCGUUUUGAGCGCUUGUUCGAUGGUCCUCCGCGCGUUAGCAAGUCGCAUGGUGGUAAAGAUAGCCCUACAGUGACUUGGUUGGAUGUCGUCGAGUUCGCCAAGGACAAGCCUGAACAAUUUCUCCUGGAAAACCGCAAUGGCGUGCGUGUCUGCCAAUUCCAUACAAAACAGUGUCGUGUGGAGAUCAGCGAGGAGGACUAUGUGCUGGUUGCCUCGGGUAUGCCCCAGAAGAUGAUACCCCCACAGCCUAUCAUCGAGGAUGAAGAGAAGGAGCUGGGUGCGCUGGAGAUUCUGGAAAAGAACUUGCAGUCUAUUAUUCAGGCCGCUGAUCAAGUGUCGGCUCGAGCCCGUCAGCUUAGCUACCGUUUGAAGAAUCGCCGCACCGCCAUAAUGAGUCGUCGGAAAAACGAUGCGUCGCUGCAAUCGCAGUCGCAAUCCCAAUCCCAACCCCAACCCCGCGUGCCCGCCGAGACUUGGCGCGACUCCAACGGCCACAACUCAACUAAUGGCAAACCUCACGUCUCGCCGUCCGGCUUCGUAGCCGUCAAUACGACCCGUCACGAAGCCGAACCGGCUGAGGACCACCCUUCCCCUUCCCAGUUUAUCUUUUCCCAUGGAACAACCGACAACGUAACAAUCAUCAAUGGCACUUCGAUCAAAGGCGCAUCACCUACCACGCGAACUGAACUGAUGAAGAAAUUCUUCACCACGGCAGACCGACAGGCUCGCGGCUUCGACGAUGCCUCCACUCCAGUCAAUUCUCAGACGCCUCGACCGCAAGCACAAUCAGACCCGGCCGAUUACAGUUUGUACAAUAAUGCUUCCACUACUCCGGUAGCCAUUCCAAGCACUCCAUCUUCAUUGCUUCCGCCACCCAAGACGACACCUCAAGAGAAAGACGACGGAGGUCCAUACAAACUGGAAAUGGUAGCUCGUAUGGAGGAGCUGCAGCGUGGAGAGCGAGUCUCGCCACCCUGUGAUCGAUGCCGCCGGCUUCAUAUGGACUGCUUGAAGAAUUUGACUGCCUGCGUGGGCUGUACCAAGAAACAUGCCAAGUGUUCAUGGAGGGAUGUUCAAGAGGGCGAAAUACGAGCCGCCAACUGGACUUUAACCACGCCCCGCGAACCUCGCGAGCCCCAUGAAGAAAUUGAGGAAGGUCGUUUGUCAUCCAUGCCUCCUCACGGCCUGACAUCUCCCCCGAAAUACCCGGUCUCUGCCGAGCGUGAACACGAGCGCCACACCGAGUCCCCCGCUACCGCCGCGAGUCUGCGCCAGGGGCUCCUCAUAUUGGACCCGGCUCAGGGGCAUCAAUGGGAUUACCCCCCCUCCGACAAAUCCCCUCGCAGAGCUGUUAGCGAGACCGAGAACAGUGGCCGUACUCAGCAGCAGGCUAACAACUCCCGACAUGCCGACGAUGAAGACCCAGAUGCCAAUCAACGACUGAUGCAGGCUAUCCUUGACACGGUUGAUCAUCAUGCUCGGGUUGCAGCCGCCGUUCAGGAGAAGGAGCGUGGUGCGGGGACGGAACGAGGAGGUGAGCCGGUUAGUGAGCGUAUCGAACGUGUUGAGCGUGUUGAACGGACUGCCGAGCGCCCGGCGGAGAAUCCGAGCUUCACCCGUCAUGAUCGCGAUGCGGAUCGAAGCCGAGAGCACGACCGCGAUCGUGAUCGUGAACGGGAGCGGGAGCGGGAGCGAUGGAUGUUGCAGACCUAG